AUGGCUGAGAAAGUCCCAAAGGCUGUCCUCUACAUUCUUAUGCUUGGAAUGCUUCUCGCUGGGCUUCUGAAUACAACAUUUAUGAAUCUACAGAAUAAUCAGGAGUAUUUUGACGAGGAUACCGGUGAAUAUGUAGAGUUCAAGCAUCCUUUCUUUCAAACGUGGUGAAUGUUCAUAGGAGAGAUAAUAUGUCUCCCAAUCUUCCUGUUUUUGAAGUAUAGGAAUACUAAGCAAUAUGGGUCCGCAAAACUGACUCCUUCUGCAGUAAAUGCUCAGCUGAUGGGGCUGAGACUAGAUGUCAACGUUUGCUGGUUUAUUAUCCCUUGUGUUUUUGAUAUUGUUGCAUCUACACUUAUGUUUGUCGGUCUCACUAUGAUCGCAGCAAGUGUCUACCAGAUGCUGCGAGGGAUGAUUGUCUUUGUCGCAACUAUUAUGAGCAUAAUCUUUUUAGGCAAAAGAUAUUAUAGGCAUCAUUGGACAGCAUUGAGUAUCGUUGUAAUCGGAGUUGCUAUUGUAGGAGCUAGUCCGAUAAUGUAUCCCGAUAAAGAAGAUGAAGGAGCUUCUUCCUCAAACCCUGUUAUUGGUUUGAUUUUAGUCUUAGCUGGCCAAGUAUUCUCCGGGUUUACCAUGGUUUCUGAAGAAAAACUAUUCAGAGUGUUUUAUAUCCAUCCUCUUCAAAUGGUAGGAUGGGAAGGAGUAUGGGGGCUGAUAUUUUACUCCAUAAUUUUGAUUAUUCUCCAGUUCAUACCCUGCCCUUCCCAUACUAUUUGCACUUAUGAUACUAUUGAGGAUACUAGACAGGCUUUUUAUGAGUUUUCCCUUGAUCCUUUAACAUGGAUCCUUGGGAUAGGAUCGAUAUUGAGUAUCUCCUUGUAUAAUUCCACAAAUGUUGCUGUAACUAAAUUUGCAAGCUGCGUCCAGAAAGCAACUAUUAAUACAAGCAAGCCUGCCUUAGUCUGGAUAUUCUGGCUGUUCUAUCCCGGUAAAGGCAAAGAAAGAUUCAUUUGGCCACAAAUUAUUGGUUUCACAAUGAUUGUUUUUGGAACUUUAAUGUACAAUGAAAUCUUCAAAAUUCCGUUCUUUGGUUUAAAUGAGUAUACUGAAGACAAAAUGACACCUCAUAAUGUUCUUCUUGAGGAAAAAUCUGUAAACAUGUCACCUGAUGCAAGUCACAAUCUCAAAAGAGGAUCGCUUCAUGUAAAAGAUAAUAAAAGAGAAGAAUCUGAUGAUAUAAGCCCUCUUAGAACCAGCAACACCUUCAUCACUUCAGACAAGGAGAAUAAGAUAGAUUUUGGUGAGGACACUUAUUAG